AUAACAAUUGUGCAAGUCUGAUAAACUACAGUGUGGCGCUUCCGGUGGCUGCUCACAGCAGAACUUCAAAGCUCCGUUAUGCAUUACGACGCCGUUUUGGCACACUCCCAGUGUUCUAGGGCCCUCUAUCGAAACGUGCUGUCCUUGUCGGCCGCUGUUUCUUCGGUGAACAUCUUCGUGGUGCCAUCCCGCCGCCUUGCUUCCCUGGACGGCGCUGAAUCAUCCACACUGGGUGAAUCUGCGACUGCGUAGCCACUUCGUGGUCUGCUGCUGGCAUCGGCAAAAUCACCGCUGGAGAUCGCUGCUAUCGCUGCGCGCCCUAUAAACAAGCCGACAUCGACGCCUGCUCUUCACUGGCAGCAGCGGCAUUGCAUGACCCACAUCUGAAGCCUGAUUCCUCUGUUUGCGCAGAAGUCGACCUCACUGGGAAGUUAUUGCAAUGUCUCGAAGGAAGCCUUACGCUCAAAUCAUAGACGGCAUCUCGCGCAGCCCCAACUUUGACCCGGAUCUCUUGAGAGCAGCCCUGGAGUUCCGCGCCCAGAAAGGCGACCUGGUUCUCUCCACGUACCCCAAGAGUGGUACGCACUGGAUGAUGUACAUUAUACAGUUGAUUCUAAAGGAAGGUGAACCAGUGAGCGGUUUUGACGAGUUCAUGCGCAACAUGCGCAUUCUAGGGGUCGUCGAGUUCGACGCCUGGAAACCUAGUCUUCCACUACGCUUGUUUGCCACCCACCUGCCAUUAAGCACCGCUGCCAUGAACAAAGACGCCAAGUACGUCUACGUAGCGAGGAACCCGUGGGACUUGUGCGUCUCUUCCUACCACAUGAUCACUACCUUCGACGUUUAUCGCUUCCGGGACGGAACCUUCGAGGAGCUGUUCGACGCGUUUCUGGAGGGUGACUGCGCUGGCCAGGGAAGCUACUUCGAUCACGUUGCGUCCGGUUAUGCCCUGAGGAACCAGCCCAAUCUUUUCUUUGUAACCUACGAGGAACUCAAGACGGAUACUCGAAGUGUGAUACUGAGACUGGCUCGGUUUCUGGGCGAUGAUUACGGCGAUAAGCUGGAAAAGCAGGAAGAACUGCUUCAGGGCAUUGAGGAUCGGUGCGCGAACGACAACAUGAAGCGCAUCCUUGCACCUAAAACCCAAGAUUGCGCCGACCGUGAUUGGUACAACGCAACCAAGCGAAUUUUCUCAGCCAACAACAGAGUUUUUGUGGAGGACUUCAACCAAUUCAGCUACGUCAGGAAGGGUGAGGUUGGUGGCUGGCAGCGGUAUUUUACUCGAGAUCAACUGAGACGCUUAGAAGCUAAGAUAAAGCAGCUUGAAGAGCAUUCAUGCGUAAUGGAUCUUUGGAUGGACACUCGAGCAGCUGCCCUCAAGAUUAUUGCCAAUGAAUGAAAAUAAAUGAGCGAAGGUUUCCUUCAAUGGUUAUCAACGUAAAUAAAAGAAGAGAGUUUCACAUGAUUUUUUUCCAUUA